AUGGCUCACCAAGGUACACCGCGAUUGCGUGCACCUCUUGCCGAAAUUACGACCGCUCACCAUGUAACGCCGGACCAGGUAGCACCCGGCACGACGCGUCGCACGGCUCUCAACCCGAGAAUCAUCGACAGCCCGACGGACAAUAUUCCCGACAGCAUUCUCAGCCCGACACUAUCGCCAGAAGAAGCUCUCAUCCAGCAGCGUGGACGACGCCGUAUGGCCGUCAUGUGGUCUCCCGACAAUCGAUCACUCUAUCCGUCGCCGAUGAAAACACCCACCAAAAGCAUGACGUCGAUGACGCUUCGAAGCUCGCCGCGCAAACGUUCUCUAAUCCAGGAACUAUCUGAUGUGUCUGGCCAAUCGAUUGGUUCACCCGCGAAACGACUUCUAUCCCCUCGAACAUCCUCCGGUUGCGCCACACCGAGCACGACCGCCGCUAAGAAAAUGAAGCUGGAAGAAUCGGCCAUGAAUCGCCAGAACGAUGGCAUCCCGUUGGAAACUAUUCUCAAUGGCUAUAGCAAAGCGCAGCUGAUCGAGAUCAUUGGCUCAUUGGUUGAUGGUAACGAGCAGAUUGAGAAAUCAGUACGCAACGAAUUACCUCUCCCGGACAUUGGUCCACUCGAGGCCGAGCUAUCUAAGUUGAAGAAGAACAUCUUUGCCAGCGUCCCCCAGCAGAAGCUUUACAGUCGUACCGAUGGCCACGGCUUUCUCCGCGCGGCAACCCAUCUUACCACCUUCAAGCAAACGAUCCACAGUCAAUCGCAAACGCUACACACUUCCCGUCACUGGGAUGCACUGCUCGAUUACGUUCUGGUUGCAUGGCCUUACGUGCGCGACACGCCAGUUUACGAGAACGCUAAGCACAACGCUAUCCGGCGAUACUGUUUCAAAUUGCUUUCGCACCAUGCCACCAACGCACUGAAGCACGGAUCGACCGGACUGGGACAGGAGCGUAUCGUUCGCUUGCAGCAGAAGCUCCCGGCCAUGGUGGCUGACUGGUCAGAGAUUGGCGAAUGCAAUCGAUGUCUUGAUUAUAUUCUGAACAGCUUCUAA